AUGGGUGACGAAUCUACUUCGCUUAUGCCUAUGAAGAAAGGCACAGCCAUAAAAGACUCUAACCUGUAUAAACGCAUUUUCCUUGUUACCGUCAUAAGCUUAUAUUCCUUGGGCUAUGAAGUCAGUAAACCCCUUGCUUCUCAGUACAUAUAUCACAGAGUGUCGAACAAGUACAGCUUGCUGGCCGCCAACAACCAGAGCAAUGUGUCAGUUUACGUGGAAUGCCGCGAUCUAAACACAAACACCAGUGCUAAAUACUACCAAGAACAGCAACAAGCACAGGAGGAAUCUUCACAGUGGCUUUUAUAUCUUAGCAUAGCAACUGGUAUACCAUGUGUAAUUGCAUGCAUUCUGCUGGGAUCUUACUCGGAUUCUUUUGGGCGAAAGUUUAUGUUUGCUUUGUCAUCCUUUGGCACAUGUUGUAGGGGAGUGUGCUAUGUUGUAGUCGUGCACUGGAAUCUUCCUUUGUACUACUUAUUCGUUGGAUAUUUGAUUGAGGGUUGCUUUGGGUAUUAUUAUGGGGCAUUACUAGCUACUUAUGCCUACUCUUCGGAUAUUACUCCACCAACAUCUUCAAGAACGCGCCUUGUUAUCAUUGUGCAGAUGGGCAAGUACUUUUCCAGAGCCAUUGCAGAAAUUAGCGCAGGACUGCUGAUCAAAUCCACAGGAUACAUUUACACCGGAUUUAUCCUUGUUGGUAGUAUGCUCUUAAACAUUUUGAUAAUAAUUGUCUUACUUCCAGAGACGGUAGAGACAAAAACCAUACAACAACGAAAAUCGGUUUGUCAGCAUGUUAAGGUGAUUGUCAAUUUUAUUGUUAAGAAAGACAAUCCGGGAAAUGCCCCCAGAGGUUGCUACAUCUUGGGAGCUUUGGCAUUUUCUGUCUAUUAUCUUGGAGUUGUGGGAGAAGAUGGCGUGGACAAGCUCUAUUAUAUGGAUAGUCCCCUUUGCUGGAAUGCGUUGCAAAUCGGUUAUUUUGAAGCGGCAAAAAGGUUGAGUGGACCUGUUGGAACCCUUAUAGUCGUAUGGGGUUUGCAGCGCUUUUUCACUGAUGAAACUAUCAUUCUACUACUUGGCCUAUCUGGAGUGGCUAGAGAGGUCACGGUUGCGUUUGGUGCCAACACUUUAAUUAUCUACAUGUCUGCACUGGUGGGUAUUCCGGAAUCUGGAUACAUGUCCAUGAUCAGAGCCAUCCUGUCCAAAGAAACAAGCUCCGACGUUCAAGGAGCACUCUUUGCUGGACUAUCGACAUUGGAGGGUUUCACCUCAAUUGGCGGAACGGUUCUCUUCAACAUUAUAUACGAAGCUACUCUACCGUAUAUGAAAGGGGCCGUGUUUCUGUACGCUGGAUUUAUGACUCUGGUUUCAUUGAUAAUCAUGUGGGCAGUUAAAGUGAAGUAUUUUCACAGAGUGCUCUACCACGAGAAAAUAAUUAACUGA